AAUGGAGUUUAGCAAACUAAUUGUUCUCUUCAUAGUCUUGAUCUCCUCAGUGCAAGCAAUAGAGUAUCUCCAAUCAGGUGUCACAGUGGCGAUCAGGAAGGACAUCUUUGACUCUUUCAUUAAAGAUUUCUGGCCUCAUUUUCAAGAAAAUUUGCAAAAGAUUAUCUUCUGACGGAAUGGAUGUCAUGUUGAACUAAGCCAUAAUGAAAUCUACACAGCUACUUCUUCAAAUUUGACCAUUUUAAAUCUCAAAUAUCCACAAGUUAAGUUCAAAGAAGAUACCAAUAUGAUGGUGCUGAUAGAAUCGUCUCAGACAGUGAAGCUAACAAUAGAUCAGCUAGAUUUCAUCGAAGCGUUUGAAUUUGUCUCAGACUCUCCAGUUUUCUCUGAUUAUGGCUCUGCCAACUACUCAGCUUGCUUGUCAAUUACACUAGCUCUGCAGCCGACCUUCUGUAACACAACUGGGAGAGUCAAGACAGUGAUCAACUCUAUAGUGGCACAAGUUCAAAAUUUAAAGAAGGAUAGGCUCAAAGUGACAACUAAUACUAUUCCUCUGGUAAUGAUGGGAGAGUUCUUUCAAAAUAUUGACAGAUUCAUGCUCGAAAAGAUCAAUGACAUGUUAAGGCUCUUCCGUUUAGAUAUUGAACGUUGGGCCAACAAUGUGAUCUCUGAGACUUUCUAUACUAACACAUCUAAGUCGGAGAACGGAGAAAACCCAACACCUUGAAAUAUUACAGAUCCUGAGCUGAACCGGCGGUGUCCUGUUGCUAUGCCUUGGCCCAGGUUGGACAGUGAAGGAGGUAACUCAGGUGUUUGCUUGUGCCAAAACUUGAUUCACUUUGCAAAGACCAUCACAAACCCUUCCAUUAGGGAGAACUUCAUCUCCACACGCUUCUUCGGGAUGAGUUUUAUUCCUAGCAAACCAGAGACUGUAGAACAGAGUUUAAUUAAAUUGGAGAAUCUCAAAUAUAUGCCAACCUAUGAGAACAAUGAUGAUGGAAGAUACUUGCAAUUCUUUAUCUCUGAAGACUUCGUCAACUCCUUGCAUGGUAUUCAAGCUCUUGGAGAAGGACUAGGAAAUGUGAUCGUAGAAAAUAAGCGCAAAGUUGCAAACCUUGACUGUGGAGAUAUUGCUUACCUAUUUUACAAGUAUGCAAGACUUGCAAAGAACUGUAAUAUUACAGUCUAUCUUAAUGAAAUGCAGGACAUAGAUAUUACUGCUGGACAGUUACAUCUCAAGAAUACUACUCUGGUCCUUGAGUUCAAUAAUCCUCUCAAGGAAGGAGGAAUGGAACUCCUAGCUCAGGUGUUCUUCAAGAUCGAGCUCUGGAUGUCCUUCAUUAUGGUGGAAGGGUUCAUCCUCCAAGACAUCCAUAUCGGUGAUCCUGGCUAUGACUAUUUCAUUCAUGCUUGGGAAACACAGGAGUCUAAGCUAGGGGAUCUGAAGAAAGAUGCAGAUAUCAUGUCUGGCUUUGAGAAACAGAUCAAUCGCAUAAUCACCAAGGAUUAUAAGCUGAAUCUCUAUGAAAGGUACUUUAAAGACCAUGAAAUAUUGAGAAACCUUUCUCCCACGUUCGAGAAUAUAAGGCUAGAUCUGGUCGAUAGGUACUUCACUAUUUUUGUUCAGCCACAAUUUGGCACCUUCCUGGAAGUUCUUAAGAACCUCGGCUGCUCUAAGCCCAUCAGAAGUAGAUUUUGGAUGGUUGUCUGCGUUGACUUGAUCGAUGAUGACUUUGAUUUUGAAGAGGAGGAUAUCCUGUUUGAAACUAAAUAACCACUAG